GGGCAGGGGUGCAGGUGAAAGGAAUAGAGGGAGGGACCAAUCCAGGCAGAGAGAAAGAGGAGGGGAAAGCUAAUAGAAACCAAACAUGAGUGGGUGAAACAAAAUGGAUCCAACCAAGCCCAGCCUCUCCUCAAAAUCACCGCAUGUAAACAACGUUGGGGGAAAUUAAUCACUGAUGGAAGAAGUAUUGCUGCCGUGGCGAGACGGUGCUGACGGGGAGAGGCAGAGGGAUAUGGAAACCAGAGAGCCAGAUGUUGUUGAUGCGAUGACAGCAGCUGCAGAGAUAAACCAUCACCACAGGGGGUCAGCAGACAAACACAAGUUCAACACGCUUGGCUAUCAGAGGCGCACCAAGCAGAAGGUUGUGACUGACUUUGCAACACUGACUAAGGGAGCAUCUGGAGGAGCCAAACCCAGAGCUGCACUGAGACAGGUUCUGUUCAGCCAGGGAGUGUCUGAGAAGAACCUGGCAAAUGAGGAGCGAGGUCAGCUGGAUGUGUUGAAGCAGGAUCUAUUGGCCUACUCUGUGCCAGUCAGUCUGAAGUGGAGGUGGAAUGAGGAAAACCAGGGAACGACGCUGGAGAACAACUGGACGGAUAUUGUGCACUCUCAUUCAACCAUGUCAAAGACGCAGAGACACCAACAGGAGGCGCUGUGGGAGUUUGUUCAUACUGAGCUCACCUACAUCAACAAGCUAAUUAUCAUCCAAGACCUGGUUAUUGCAGCUCUUGUCAACCUGCACCAGCAUGGAUUUCUCCUGGAGGUGACCCCUGAGCGGCUUUUCUCCAACCUUCCCGCCAUCCUCAUCGCACACCAGCUGUUCUGGCAGGAGGUGAUUUAUCCCAUGUUAAAAGAAGUCCGAAUGACAGGCCAGCCCUUUGACCCCAUAAGGUUAGAGGCUGGUUGCCUGCAGUUCCAUGAGCGCUUCUCUUCCUAUCAGCAUUACUGUUGGGAAGAAGAAAACAACCUUGAGUUCACACGGAGGCAGAUGGAUAGCAACCCACAUUUCCUCACUUUUGUCCAGUUUGUGGAGACUCACCAUCAGUGUGAGCGGAUGCGACUUGGGGACAUGCAGGCCAAACCCCACCAGAGGAUCACAAAGUACCCUCUCCUGCUCAAGGCCGUACUGAAAACCACCCAGGAUCCUCAUGUGCAGCUCAAACUUAGAAACAUGUUGUCCAGUGUAAACAGUUUUCUGGAGAGUAUCAAUGACUACCUGAAGCUAAAAGAUGAAAAACUCGCUCUCACCAUCUCUGCUCAGAGGGUGGAGGGAUACGAGGUGGAGGGAAUAAAUGAAGAAAUUGACAAGCAUGUCCGAGUGUUCUGCCAGUUUGACCUUACAUGCCCCAUCAGGGGAGUAGGUUCUGAAGUCGUACGUAAGCUGCUGCUGGAGGAGAACUUGAAGAUUCGGGGGAGAAAAGACAGCAAGCUGGAGGUGGUGGCUCUACUUUUCUCUGAUGUGCUUCUAAUGACCAAAGUCCAGAAGAAAGGAGAGCGGCUGAAGGUAGUUCGACCUCCUCUGGCCCUCGACAGAACGUACUGCAUUGCACUGAAGGAUGGCUGUUCAUUUGUUCUCGUGGAGGUAGGUGAGCUUAAGAGUGCUAUGAAUGUCUACAUAUUUGUAGCCAGCAGCUCAGAGAGCUGCUCCACAUGGGUUUCCACCAUCCACCAGGCAAAGGAAACAUUGAGAAACAUGAGAGAGAAAGAGAGCAACAGACAACAGGAAUACUGGAAAAUCCAGCAAUUGGAGGCCAAACCUGUUACAGAAGUCAAGACGGAUGAUAUGGAGACUGAAGAACAACCUUUUACACAAUCAAGAGAAGAGACUUUUGUGGAUGAACUUACUGUGGAAGCAGAGCAACAGUAUCAACUUCCAGAUGAUGUAACCACAAACAACGCUGUAUCUUUUUUGCAAUCCCAGCCCAUUGACGGAAAUUGUAAAUUAGCGCGUAAGAACAUUGCUGGUCGGCAACAAGCAGUCAAAGGAUAUGAAUGGAUAGAAAUGGGAGUGAAAGGAGAACACACAGAGAUCUACACAGAGGAAGAAGAGAAAAUGGUUGAAACCCUCAUGGUAAAGGAGCGAAGGGUCACCUGGAACCACAGGGGGCGAUCUGCCCCUAACCUGGAUCAUUUCACACACAGUAAUGCAGCGGAUCAUUUAAGAUGCAACACAACUGGACCACGUGUUCUCUUAGUAGGUGAAUAUCCAGAUGUUGACUACCCAAUGAAUGAAGAUAGUACUUCACAACCUCUUUACCAGCCAACAAUAUCCAGGCAGGGGCCUGAGUUUUUAGGAGUACCGGAAGAGGGAGUAAUAUCAUCAAAGAAAGACAAUGAUUCUCAGUCUGUGAACCAGAACACCUGGAGAAAUUCCAGCUUCAGCCAGUCUGGAGACACAGAGACAUCUCCAGAGGCUUGGGCUUUCUCCAAAAAGUUGAGAUCACCCGUUUUACGGAGGAGGAGGCCAAUCUCCUCCUCUCAGGGCUCCACUACUCAGACAUCUACGCAGUUCUUCCAGGGGUCCGCACAUGAUGUGUCUGCUUUAAACAACUACUCUUUCUCCAUCUCAGACCACAACCUAAAUAUCAAGAGAAACUCUGUUCCUUCUGGCCAAACCUCAGAUACACACCUUGUGCUAAAGCUGAGCUCCCUGAAGCAGAAUCCAGAUAUGUUUUGGAAGAUGCAUGAUAGAGUCUCCCCUGACCCCCAAACACAGUCUGAAUCUGAACUGCCAGAUCCUAACCUCUAUGAAAAACAUCCCACAAUGAAAACUCAAAGGAGUGCCUCCAUUCCUAAUAUUGUCAUUGAAGGAGGCCAUGGUCUGCACUCCAGUAGUAUGUACACAUUACAUCAAGCAGAGAAUGCACAAUUUCCCACCUCCAAACAUCCAAAUCCAAAUGGACAUCCUUCCCCUCUGGAGAGUCUUUUGGAAAGAGCCAAAGGCAGAGAGAGGGACAAAGGUGGAUUAAAAACAAACAAGGGUUUGAAAAUCAACAAUUUCAGGUCAAUAAAUCCUCCUCCUUCCCCCUCAUUUUCCACCACACCAUCACCAUCCCCCAGUGAUGGAGACAGAGAUGCCGAGUGGGAGGAGGUGGAGCUAAUGAGGCACAAGGCCCUCACAGUGAGUAAAGGAUGGAAGGAGCAGCUGGUGGACGGAGAUGAAGAUGAGAAGAGGGACAGCGUUGUCUUUACGGAAGGUGUGAAUGUGGACUGGUCAGGUUGGUGCUUUGAUGAUGAUGAAGUCAUGGAUCAUUUACAACCUGAAGCCGAGGGGCUUCUGGAGGGCAUCAGCCGGUCUUUGGCCUUUUUGGACCCCUAUGAACCUCAAGAGCAAGAAAAUGGGGAGUGUAGUCAGGUGUAGCUCUGAAGCCCGUAGUCACUAAGUGGAUACAAAACUAGACUGCCAGUCAACAACUUAUUAUGCAAACUCAAAAUUCAGUCCAUGACUAUGAACUCCAGAGCGACAAAUUAACAAGGAUGGAAGUAGUUAAAAUGGAAAUAGUUUUCUUUUUCUCAAUAUAUGGCCAAUAAUGAUUUUGUAAUUAAUGUAAAAUAAUGUAAUAUAGUUUUUUUUAUAAUAAACAUUUUGGUUUGUUUAAAUAUAAUGAAACAUUAUUUUUUACUGUGUAUAUUAUUUAUAUGAGUAAUUAUUGUACUUUGUCAUUGACCUGAUAGUUUCAGAGUGUAUAUAUAAUGUAAUAAAGAAGAUUUACUUCUGUUAAAUUUA